AUGUCUCCUGAUACUGCUGAGGAUAGUAUUGAUUUGGAGGAAGAAAGCUCAGAGGAAGAGGAGGACACUUUGGUACACCAUGUGAAACCAAGUGCUGCUAGGAAAUUGAAGACUAGGAAAGGAAAAACCGUGGCUGAAAUGAUGACAUCCAGGACUAGGAAGAAGACUGCUGGUGUAGGACCCUCCAAAUCAUGGAGCAAGGUUGAGAUUAAGAAGAGGAAAGAAAGUAAGAGUUUUGAAUCUGAUGAGGAUAGGAGGGUAGCGGUUGAGAGAGUGUUGGGAAAAGAGGCUGUUGAAGUAAAGGAAGUCAUGGAUUUAAUCAAGAAUCCUGGAUUGAUAAAGACUGUGGUUGCUCUGCCCCAAUGCUAUGAGGGGUUGGUGAAAGAAUUUGUUGUAAAUAUCCCUGAGGAGAUUUCUGAAAGGAGCAGCAGGGAAUUUUGCAAAGUUUUUGUAAGAGGUGAAGUUAAAGAGUUUUUAAGUAGUGAUUUCAUUGAUAGAUUGAAAGCUAAUGACAAUGAUGCUUACGAAUAUUUGACACAAGAAUUCUUAAGUUGUUUAAAAACUUCUGGAUUGCUUAAUCAUUCCAUGAAACUAAAGGUUGGAACAACUGUAAUGUUAAUACGGAAUUUAGAUAAAUCUGAAGGUUUGUGCAACGAUACAAGAUUGACUGUUACAAGGCUAGCAAAUCAUGUCAUUGAAGCUAAGCUUAUAUCAGGUACAAAUAUUGGAAACACUAUUUACAUCCCAAGAAUAUCUUUUUCACCUUCUCAAUCACCUUGGCCAUUCAAACUUAUAAGACGAUAA